CUCUCGUGCCCCGUCCUUCCCUCCCCGUGUUAUCCACCCACGGGAAAAGUGAUUUUCGCUUCUCUCUCUCUCUCUCUCUCUUUUAAAUGUAUAUACCUCAUCCUCAUCCACAGUCCGUGGACUUAUUUCCGUGUGGGCAGCAGGGGAGCAUUUAAAAUGCCCCCAUUUUUUGACUUAAACCAAUCCGCGUAGAACCAAGUCGUUCCCCGCAAAUUCUUGAAUCCGCAGUAGCGUGGAUUUGACACUGCAGUCUGUCACACUUCCCUCUGCGAAUGUCUCGUUCAAAUUGCAAUCGAUCACUGGGCUUAUUUUAUUACUAAAGCCACCCCCACUUAAUUCUACAGAGGAGAUUUUUCCCCCUCUGUGUGUGUGUGUGUGUGUGCGCCAAAUUCUCAACCAAGGGGCAGCACGUGCUUCUCACAAUACCGCGCUUUUAAUUUAAAUUGUGCAUCCCCUUCAUGUGCGCAUUGUUUUUGAUAAGUGCGAGACACUGACUGACGGGCGGAGAGCUCGUGCUGCAGGAACGGAAGGUGCGCGAGACUCGGUUUGGAUCACACACACACAAUGAGUGCGCGCGGUGAGGAAGCCGCCGGCGAAGCUUCAGGAUCGCAGGAGCAGCCCGAGCCCGAGCCCACCCCGCCUGAGCCAAAGAAGAGGGGACCGGGUAGACCCAGAAAGCCGCAACAGGAACCCACAGGAGAGCCUGUCCCCAAACGACCAAGGGGACGCCCCAAAGGAAGCAAGAACAAGGGCCCCUCCAAAGCAGCGCAGAAGAAAGCUGAGACCACAGGGGAGAAGAGACCUCGAGGAAGACCCAGGAAAUGGCCACAGCAAGUGGUCCAGGAAAAGCCCGCUCGGGAAGAAGAAGAAGAAGAGGAGGCGGAGCAAGAAGAGGACUAAGCUACCACAGGAUUUUACCUCUACCUCAUCCAGCUGUCAGCUCUCUCCAAGGGAAAAGACUGCCUUGACCACUUAUUAUUGAUUUCCCACUUUCGUUUGAUCAUUUUCGUUUGUUUAUUUUCAUUUUUCCUCAUUGGUUUAUUUGGGUUUGGUUUUGUUUUGCGAUCAACACACACAACACCUCAGAGCAUAACCCGAAAAAAAAAACGUAAAUGCAAACAAACAUCUUGCAGAUGACAAUUGGAGCCGCUUGGCUGUUUCCACUUCCCACAAAACUGCUGUAAGCACAAAGGUGCAGGGGUUAAACAUACAGGACGUGCUACAGUGGUUCUUUGCACCACACACACACACACACACACACACACACACACACACACACACACACACACACAUUCUUGUUGACUGAUUUUCCAGGCUACAUUGGUAAGAUAGAAGGUGAAACUGUCUGGUUUUGUCAUUCAACAUGUGGUGCUUCUUAUAUCUGGGUGGAGCUUUAAAAGGACACACCCAUUCGCACAAGACCCCACCCCUCCAACCACACCCCACAGUACCGUACCACCAAAGACCAUUUUCCCUUCUCUGUCCACUUCAUUUUGAUGUUUUGACCAAAAUGAAAGUGAGCUUUAAAAGCAUUUGCCUUAAAACUGCAAACAGAGCCAUAAACCUAUUAGUUUCUAUAAUUUAAAAAUUUGCAAGUGGAUACCACAAAAUGAAAAUUGUUAUUAUUUACUCAUCUUCAUGUUUUUCAAAACCCAUUUGACCUUGUUUCUUCUGUUGAACACAAAAGGGGAUGUUUCGAAGAAUGUCUGAGCCAGUCUUUUCUAUACAAUGAAGUGAAUGGUGACCGCAGUUGUUGAGGAAGUAUUUCAGUGAAUAAAAACAUAAAUGUCGAUUUAUUUAGCACCCAAAGCUGUCGUAUGGUUUGAAAUAUCGUGCAGGUUUUUGAGCUUGAUCUCCAUUCAGUUUCAUUAUGUGGAAAAGUGCAACAUGAACCUUCUUCAAAACAUCUGUUUUUGUGUUUUACAGAAAAAAAGUAAGUCAUACAGGUUUGGAACAAGUAAAUAAUGACACAAUGUUUAUUUUCUGGUAAAUUAUCCCUCUACGGUCAUAUCCAUGUCCCUCGUGUCCUUGGUGGUGAUUUUUUUUUUCAAAAUGAUAACCGUGAACAUUAAAUGUCUUAUUGGGACACCGUUUUUAGCAUUACUGCAGAACAGUAGUUCUACUGUACAUAUCUUCACGACUUCGGCUUUGCUUAAUUAACAUACGUGUACAUAAUUGUUUCUAUUUUCUUGUAUGACAUAGCUUUAAGAACAUAAUUUUUUUGACAAAUUCAGUGAAAGGGAAAUAUAUCAACUCAGUCAAGACCUAAACCUCAAGAAACACCUAAACCACAGGAAAAAACCACACUAUACCUCAUUACACACAGAAAUACCUGAAUUGCAGCGACGGCGUCGAACGGCAUUCGGCGAAUCCUAACGUACGCCACCGUUGUCACCAAUGCAAUAUCUCCUCACCGUUUCAAAGCUACCUCUGAUUUCUUCAACCAGCAAACCAGCUCGAAGAGACACGCGCUGCUAUAGUGUUCUCAUUACAAAGCAGGGGAUGGCAGUGAGUGCUAAUGUUGAAAACAAACCUUGUCGUAAGGGCAGGCGAACGAGUCGGGGAGGUAAUAACUGAAUUCUGAGGUCUGUUUGUAGUCAUAUGUAGAACUAAUCAUGCAGCUAAGGGAAAAAAGUACUGUGUUUUAUUCUAGUUAUUUUGUUCUUUUUUUCACAUUAGCAUAUAUCUGACAUUUGUAACUAGACACUCUCAGUCUGUGCAGCUGGGAUGUCUGUUUUACAUUUUUAACUUGAAUAUAUAUAUAUUGUACUGAUUAUUCAAUGGUUUCUAAGGAUCAAGUGUUUGUAUGACACUAAAUGAUAUUGUUGCGAAUGGAUUUUUCUUUUCAUAUUUUUCUCUCCACUAUUGCUCUGAAUUUAUAGUUUAGUUCCUAUGUAGUAUUCAGAUAUGUACCUCAAAAAAGGAUAAAAAUGGACUAAUAAUCAGCUGACAAAUACCUACCUCCAGUCUUGAAAAUGGAACAAUUUUUUUGCCUGGUUUCUUUCAGUACAAAUGUACUGAAAAAGACUUCAGGACUGCACAAGAUCCUGUUUUACAAACGUUUUAAUAUGUAAAUGAAUUUUACUUCAUUUUAAUUCUGCUGGGGGAGAAGACGGCUAAGAAAACAACUACACACACACAAAUACACAUCACAAGAAAAAAAAAAGAAAAAGAAACUUGAAACAUUCUUUCAGGUUUGAAAAAAUAUGUUCGGGUUUUGUAUAUUGCAUAUAUGAAUAUGUUUUUGAAAAUUAGUAGAUAUUGAGAUAUACUUGAUUAGUUGAUUUUUGUGUAACUUACACAAAUGUGAUUUUCUUUUCUUUUUUCUUUUUUUUCAGAUGUAUGUGUAAUGCUUAUGUAGUGAAAGAAUACACCUUUUCAACCUGUCACCAUGAAAACCUUAAGAAAAGUUAGCAUGGUAAUCUCAACUGGGCUUGAGGUAGAGCCUCAGAGGAAGCUAAUGGAACUGUUGGCAUGCCCCUUGAACUUUCAAUGGCAUGUAACGACCGUCUUUAUUUGCGGCAGCUUGGCUUUUGCCACAAACCAACAUUGAACGUUGCUCAAACACUGUAAUGCUACUACCUACAUGGUUACAGUUCUUGUAAAAGUGUCAGUUUUCGAAUCGGACCGCUUCUUUACUCUCCUUCGAGUUCAACAGAUGUAACAGUCGCUUGCUUAAGUGGAUGGACGGUGUGUCUCGGCUCGACCUCAGUGGUGGUUGUGUUUUAACUCUGUUUUGAGGGCGUUUACGUGAGAUCUGUACAUAAUGGCAGCUGAGGCACACUGCUUUCAGCCCUGCUAAAACUUGGCAUUGUGUUCAGAUACUUCCUAUGUUGGUUUGAAUAUGUAUCCACAGGAGCCACUGUUCAUGUGCUUUCAAACUCUGGGUGUCUUAAUGAAGAUGAAGUUGUAUUUUCAUGACAACAUGUUCCAGUACAAUCGAAUACACUUUUCUACCUCCAAGAGGGCCUCCUGUUACCUCAUUUUUCAAACUUACUAUCUGCUUAAAUUCAGGUGCUUGAGUCCAGAGAGAACGGCGUAAAGUUCUAAAUUUAUAUAUAAAUAAAUAUAUAUUCAUAGUUUAUUUUUGUGUGUUUUGGGGGGGAUUUUGUUUUAUAAGACUGUACCUCUCUGCCUCUCGGUCACAAGUCAGGUAAGACUGGACAAUUUGACUUGUUUAUAAAACGUUGUCUUACAUUUAUGCAAUCUUUUGUAGUUUCUGUGGCUGUGGAGAUGGAAAAGUAUCACUAGGUGGUUACUCUCAGCUUUCUUCACUUGAUAUAACUUGUUUUCUAACAAUUAUGGCUGUUUCACUUAGUAUUGCUGUUUGUGAUUUCACUUAAAAUUGCUUGCUUGUUUAAAAAAAAAGGACAAAAAAAGAAAACGUAUUAGAAAAAAUGUCCUCUUUAUACGUAUCCACCUCUUUAUUAAGCACAAUAAAAAAAGGUGCCUGUGA